UUACAAAAAAAACUGAAGGCGACACCAAAGAUAAAAAAACAAUGCAAGCUCAUUGAUGUGACAGAGUCCUCCGUCCCUCUCUCCUGUCAGCAGUCACCUCGCCCGUGCGCCUUUCAUCUGAAAGGGACCGCGAGCGCUCCUUCACUUCAAAGUGGACUCGGGAACCGUUCCAUUCCGGCGUAAAGAUGCCCAGAGGAUUUUUAGUGAAGAGGAGCAAACGCGGCUCAGCGGCUUCUUACAGAACGCGUAACGACGACAAUUUAAUGCCAAAAGCGGACCUGCCUGUGAAUGCACCGGAGAGGCCAACCGGUGUGCCAAUUGCGUGCCCAAUUGUGCCGUUAUCCGAGGACGGUACAUUUGAAGAACCAUGGACCUGUGCCCCGGCUGAAGCGGACCAGGCGCAGCUGCCAGAGAGCGCAGACAAUGUGGAGAUUAGAGAGGACUUUGGGAAAUACCCACCACACCAUCCCCGCACUGAGCCGGACCACGACGGAUCUCCGGGGCGGGCUGACCUCUCCUAUAGCCCGAUAAAACCAGUUGGCGCUGUAGUGGAAAAAUCGUCCCUUGACCGGUGUAUGAGUUCACCAACAGUGACAGAGCCGUACGCAAUGAGCACGCCCGUGUCUUCAAUACAGAGACUUCUUCUAAAUCACGCGCCCGUUGGACACUCUGAUAUGAAAUUCGACCCACCUGUGCACCUCUACCAGUCUUUCCAUCAUGCUAUGAAACGCACGUACAUGGAGCAGGAGCGCAAGAUCAAGCCAGCAGCCAAAAAGCCUAAAGUAAUCCGGAAACUCAGCUUCGAGGACGAAAUCUCCACCUCACCCGUGCUUGGGCUGAGAAUUAAGAAGGAGACCCCCGAAUUUAAAGCAGCUACAGCAUCUUCUGCUAAUAAGAAACCGCUGGGAGAAUUCAUCUGCCAGCUCUGCAAGGAGGAAUACAAUGACCCGUUCUCUCUCGCACAACACAAGUGCUCCAGAAUUGUGCGCGUAGAGUACCGCUGUCCCGAGUGCGACAAAGUUUUCAGCUGUCCUGCCAACCUGGCCUCUCAUCGUAGGUGGCAUAAGCCUCGUCCGGUAAACCACAGAGAGGCACAGAGCGCCAAAAAGUCACAGCCGGAGGCACGGCUGCAUGAGAGGACUUUCGUGGAAGGGAAAGAGAACGCGAGCGAGUUGAGAGUUAACAAUCAGCACCACGUCUCUCUGGACAGCUCCUCGUGUCAGCGGGCCGUCACCGUGGACAGCUCCCACAGACAAGAGCAGCUGCGCAUGAGGGCACAGGAGAGCCCGCCGCCCUUCGAUCCGCGCUACCGGGACCCAGAUAAAAGUAUGGACCUGCACAUCAGAGCGGGUGACAGCCCAGGCAUAAUGCAUUGUCCGGAGACUACCGACGUAGCACUGCCCACCUCUUCCUUCUUAAAGACCUCCGGGACAGUAGAGGAGAUUUACGAAUGUCACUAUUGCAGCAAGAAGUUCCGAAGACAAGCCUAUCUGAGGAAACAUCUUGCGGCGCAUGAGACAAUCAAAGCCUCGACCUAUAACCAGAUAGAGAGUGGGCAAAUCACGUUUCCCUGUCACUUGUGCGGUGUCCAUUUCCCAUCCACUGAAAUUUGGGACAAGCACAGAGUUUGGCAUGCAAUGAGAGAUGACAUUCUGAUGAAUCCAGGGAAGAUUGCGGGUAGACCAGACUUGGUAAGACCAGAAUUAAUAAGACCAGACCUCACACUGGGAGACCAACAGAUAUUCACCUGUAAGCACUGCCCAUCUACCUUCUUCAGUUCUCCCGGGCUUACCAGGCAUACCAACAAGUCUCACCCCACAGAGAUGCGGCAGGUGAUGCUUCUACCGAUGGCAGUCAGACCCGACUGCUAGUAGCCUAGUCUAGGCUGAUGUAGGCAAGUCUAGGCCAGGGUUUCCCAAACUCAGUCCUGGGGUCACGUUUUGUUUUUUUGCCCUAGCACUACACAGCUGAUUCAAAUAAUC